AUGGACUCAAGUUUAUUUUCUUUAAAGAAUAGUUUUGGUGGUUUUAACGAUGAAGAAUUAUUAAGAGUCCAAAAAAUUAUUGAAGAUUUAGAAUUAACAGAAUCAAUUGUAUCUAAAGAAUGGGUCACUUUUGCCCUUCAAAAAAAGAUAGCUGAAGAUUAUUCAAAACAUUUAGAUCCUUUUAAAGUAUUUUUAAAAAAGAAUAUAAAAAAAUUAAAAGUACAAAAAACAACAGAACAAAUUAAAGAGGUAGCAGAAGAAGAUCCUAAAAUGUUUGAAAAUGUAGAGAUUGAAGAUAUUAUAUUUGAUACAGAUAGUUUAGUAGAUGAAAGUGAAAUUCCGAAAAUAAAAGAUGAACCAAGUUCAUCAGUUGAUGUUUCAACUGCAAGAAAUAAAAAUAAUCAUAAUAAUAAUAAUAAUAAUAACCCAAGUUUACCAAAUAAAUCAAUGUUUAAACCAACUAAACAAGAAAUGACAAAUGAUAAUAUUAAAAAAGUAGUGAUAGCAGAUGAUAUUGGUGAUUUUGAUUUUACAACAGCAAACCAACCAAUUAAACAAUCAAAUCCAACUCAAUUAUUAAACUAUAAAGAGAGAAAGAAUAUUGGUGGUAUAAGUUAUUCAAUGAAUAAUAAUGAAGAACUUAAAACAGAUUUAUCAUUGAGAGAGAAGAAAUCAUGUGAUUUAAAAGGUGCUGGUGAGGAAUUUUAUCCAAUUAAAUAUCAUAGGGAUACAUUGGAACAAAGAACAAAGAUCCUAAAAGAAUCUGUACAAUCCAAUAACUAUACAUUCCCUGUUUCAUUAGAUUGUCAAGAUGAUGAAUCAAUCGUUAGAUCAGUUGGUAGAGUUUGGAUGUACGAUCAAGAGACAAUCCUUUCAAAGAGAUUCUAUCUAUUAGGUAAUGAAAGGGAUAGCAGUAGCAGUGGUGGUAGUAGUGGUUCAGCUUCAAUCUUUUCAUUAGAGAAUAAUAUUCCAGACUAUUCAAUGUUCUCUGGUCAAGUGGUUAUGGCAGAGUCAAAGAAAAUCGCAGGUUCUCAUUUCUAUUACACAAAUAAACUCUACACUCCAAAUCCAUUACCUUUCUUUUCACAAAGAAAAGAAUGUGGUGAUAUCAAUGUUAUGAUUGCAUCAGGUCCUUUUGAUUUACAAAAAUCAACACCAGAUUAUACACCAUUGGAUGAUCUAUGUAACGUUGUUUCAAAUAAAAAACCUCAUAUCUUAUUUUUAAUGGGUCCUUUCAUCGAUGAAUCAAAUGUACACAUUAAGAAAUACUCUGAAACUUUUAGCGAACUUUUCAAUAACCUUAUGAAAAAAUUAAAUGAUAAUAUACCUUCAACUACAAAAGUUUUAAUUGUACCAUCUCUAAAUGAUGUUGAUCAUGAAUAUAUUUUCCCUCAACCACCUUAUGUUCCUUCUGUAAAUUUAAAUUCUAAUAUUCUAUUUGUACCAAAUCCAUUCACUUUAAUAAUUAAUGAAUCUUUUACAAUUGGUAUUACUUCUUCUGAUAUUUAUAAUAAUUUAGUAUCAAAAGCACAUUUUAAAAAUAAACAUACGCCAGAAGAUAUUUUCAAUAUGAUAAUAAAUCAAAAUAAUUAUUAUCCAAUGCAUCCAGCUCAAGCACCAAUUUCUAUGAGAUAUUUACAACAUUUAAAUUUUCCAGGUUUUACACCAGAUAUUUUAGUAGUUCCAAAAAAUUCACCAAUCGCUGCCAUAUCAAAUGAUGUCCUCUGUUUGGGUGUUCCACCUAUUGUUGGUAAUAAAUCAACAUUCGGUAGUUAUGCAGAACUCACAGUCACCAAAUCAAAACAAUCCCUUGCUUUUGAUAAUAAUAUACCUGUAUCAAAAAGAACAAUUGUUAAUUUUAAAAAUAUUUAA